GAUGUGUUCGCGUCUUCCGUCUUUACGUCAGUGUUUUCCUAAAUGAUGGCAGAGCUCCACAAACGUCGACGCGGUGUCAGCGACAGAAAGUUGUCACCUGAAGGGGCCACAUCUGCUGAAAGCUCCACCGUGGUUCUGAAGCUGCUGGCUGCGGCUUUUUACGGAGUUAGUUCAUUUCUCAUCGUCGUCGUCAACAAAAGCGUCCUCACCAGCUACAGAUUUCCGUCAUCAACAUGUGUUGGAAUUGGCCAAAUGCUGGCUACCAUUGUAGUUCUGAGGACUGGAAAGAUGUUGGGUGUUAUCUCGUUUCCGGAUCUGGAUCUGAGUAUACCACGGAAGAUGUUCCCGCUGCCUCUCCUCUAUGUUGGGAAUCAGAUAACAGGACUGUUUGGGACACAACGACUCAAUUUACCCAUGUUCACAGUCCUGAGGAGGUUCAGUAUUUUACUUACCAUGGUGUUUGAGGGAAUCUUACUGAAAAAGACUUUCUCUACGUCAGUUAAGAUCACAGUGUUUACUAUGAUCUUUGGUGCUUUCAUUGCUGCCAGUGCUGAUUUAGCGUUCGAUCUUGUAGGAUACAUAUUCAUAAUGCUGAACAAUGUCCUAACAGCAGCCAGUGGGGUCUAUAUGAAGCAGAAACUGGACUCUAAGGAUCUGGGUAAAUAUGGACUUCUCUACUACAAUGCUUUGAUCAUGACUUUACCUACUGUGGCGUAUGCUUACUACACAGGAGACUUGCAAAUGGGUUUGGAGUAUGAUGGAUGGUCUGAUCAGCUGUUUGUCGUGCAGUUUGUCCUCUCCUGUGUCAUGGGCUUCAUUCUGAUGUACUCCAUCAUGCUGUGCACACAGUACAACUCAGCACUCACCACCACCAUUGUGGGCUGCAUCAAGAAUAUUCUCGUGACCUACAUUGGAAUGGUGUUUGGUGGAGACUACAUAUUCACCUGGACCAACUUUAUAGGUCUAAACAUAAGCAUUGCUGGCAGCCUGGUGUACUCAUAUAUCACCUUCACACAGGAACAAACAAAAAAGGCGUAAACCAGAGACCCACUGUAACACUGAAGACCUACAUCCAGAAUGUAUUUUAUAUUGUUUAUAUAUGGACACACAUGCAGUGUAUGUGGUUGGAUGGGUUUAAGCCAUCCUGUUAAUGUUUUACAUUUAUUCCAUUUUUCUAUUUUAUCAUCAGUUUUCAGUACAAUCACUGAAUGUUGUUUUCUGGUGACUCAAUUGUCAAUUUUUAUAUCUGUAAUCAAGUGCCUUAAUUUUUUAAUAAUUAAUUUAUAAUUUAUUUCACUGACUGAGUAUUUUAGAACAGAGAAAUCUAUUAAAUGUAUUGCUUUGUAAAGUGUUGUUUUUUGCUGUAUUCAUGUCCAUGCAGUCUGGAAACUCAAAAUACAACAACUUAUAUUCAUUAAUACAUUUAUUAAAUAUAGCCAAUGUUAUUCCAUUCAUAGCCAGUUUUGGAAUACACUUCAUUUUUAUUCAUGUAAUUUACAGAGAAAAAAAAACAGACAUUAUCAAUA